AUGGACGCGAAUUCUAUAUCGGCAGAGUUGCUGGAAUGCCUAAAGAUAUUCAACGCCCUUUUGGCAAGAGACGAACUUUUCGGCCCGUCUGGCAUACCAAAACAUAUCUGGAAUGACGAGCUUGGACGACUUAGGAUAUGGGCUGCAAACAUUGGUGCUCAUAAGAAAGACCAGUCCUCUCUAGAUUACCGACUCAGAAACGCCUCGCAUGUCAAAUCACAGAUUAUCAACUUGCUGCAGAGCCUGAAGAUGACGCUUCAAGACCUGGAGGAAGUUCUAGUGGAGGUCAAUGAGAAACACUCUGCCACAGAAGAAGGAACUGAAGACGAUGAAGGAAAGGCAGAGGUUGCAGAGAUAUUCGACGACCUGGUACAAGUCGUCACAAACCUCUACCGAUUGUCCAUUCUUGUACGACAGCCAUCGCAGCGAGACCGGUUUCUUCGAUACCGAAAAGACGACGCGGUCGGAUACGAACAAUUUGACCGGAAUCAUGUCCAGGAAAAGUUUCGUGAUGCCGACCCCAGAGUGAUAGACAGACUCGGGACAGCCAUUUCGAACAGACGCCGACAUCUCAAGGCGCUGGAGCGGCACAGGGCCAAACUGGGAAAAGGUAUCAGCCACGCUCAUGUGGAAGAUCAUGACGGGGUGUCCACCGUGAUGUCGGGAACUUUGGCCACUGAAUACGAGGAGACAGGUGCAGUUGCAAGGCUCGAGGCUACUUCUGUAAGUGGUGAGUCCACGACAUCAUAUGCUGCAUCGUUUCUGUCCGGAAAGAGGAAUAUGCAGGUCCCUCCGCCGCCUGUCGGGUAUGGUAGCGACGAGCCGUUUGAAUGUCCAUAUUGCUUCUUCAUCACGACGAUAACGAGCAGAAAGUCUUGGGCACGCCACGUCUUCCGGGACCUGAUGCCAUAUGUCUGCAUUUUCCCUGACUGCACAACACCGAAUCAGAUGUAUAACAGCCAACGGAACUGGUCCUUACAUUUACAGACACAUGGCCAUGAUCCGGCCAACCCCUCAUCAUUAGCGGUGGGUUUCUGCCAGUUGUGCCACAAAGGCGACAUUCCUUCCAAAGCAUACGAACGCCAUGUCGCCGAGCACCUGGAGGAACUGGCUCUGUUCGCACUGCCACGUACCAUGCAGGUUGAGGAUGAAGAUGAUGACGAAGAUGAUGACGAACAGCAGGCGCGUCCAGGCAUGGCCAAUAGCAGAUCCUCUGGUCAGGUCGAUGAUGAAGAUUUGCUACGGAGAGAUUCUAUAGAUUCUACCGAAGAGUUUUGGUCGAGGUCCGUACACCACCACGACGAAAACCUACGAAAGCACAUUCACGACGUACUUAGUUCGGAGGCACUUGGUUCGGAGCCAUCCUCCCUUCUGAAACGUCUAUACGCUGGGGCGACAGUUGAUUGGAGGACCCCAAAUGAAGGGGAAGCAGCUGAAACUGAAACCAAGUACGCUGAGGAGAUAAUUGAUCCGAGGAAUCAGAGUGGAGAGGAAGCAAUGAAGCAGGGUUGGAAGCCACUCAGCCUCCUGGAACGUCUGAGACGAGGAGCAAAGAAGGCAGGCCUAGAUGGUACAACGCAGGUUGAAGAUCAACAGAUCCCAGGAGGACCGACUACGAGCGAACAACCGGAUAUACGAAAAGCGAUUCCCCCUCCCAAGAAGCCGAGAGCUUCCAUCCACCUGAUCACCGAGGAUGGGCAAGAACACGAACUCGAGUGGGAGCGAUGUUAUACCUUUGGUGGUAUGGAGGCUUCGAUCAUCCGAAGGUUUGGGGCCCAAGACGCAUUAUCACGCAACAUGGUGAAAGGUCGAUGCCAGUUCAUCGGCCCGGAUAAUUGUGUUAUUUCCCCCAAGGCGUGGACGGCGACGGUCAAGCCAGACAUGACAAUUAGGAUUGUAGUGUUGCAAGGACCCUCAAGGGCAAGCGACGCACGUCCGACUGCAGCGGCAUGGAGCGACCUCACCAGCGACGAAUGA